AUGCCCUCCAGACCGUCCUUCAACGACCUGCCCCUCCGAAAGGACGGCCCUCCAGGCAAUGCUUGGGGCCUCUUCGGGCCAGACGACCAGUGCGGCAGGCUCAACCUUCUCACGCCAGAGACCACGGCCAAUGCGGCUCGCGAGAUUGUCGACGGAGUGCGCAUCUCAACUGACCGGUACCUGGACAGCAUGGCGCCUCCCUGCUUUGGCCGCCGUCCCCUGGAGCAUACUCUGCUGCACAAGGCCCCGAUGACCGUGACUGACGACGAAUUGGUGCUCAACACGCAGAGCAGUUCGCAGUGGGACGGGCUGCGGCACUACGGCUAUCAGAAGGAGAAGGUGUAUUUCAACGGCAAGUCGCAGCAAGACAUCUCAAGCUCGAAUGUAAAUGGAAUUCACGCAUGGGUUGAAAACGGGGGGAUCGUAGGCCGCGGCGUUCUUCUGGACUAUGCUGCCUGGGCAGACGCAAAUGGGGUCCAAAUUACACCAUUCGAAACUGUUUCAUUCCCGGUGUCCACGUUGGAAAAAGUUGCUGCUGCCCAAGGAACAUCCUUUAAAGAAGGCGAUAUUCUCUUUAUCCGCACCGGCUGGACGAGGGGGUACCAAAAGCUCUCAGCCGGGGACAAGGCCGCAGUCGCUGCUAAACACCCCCCUCCGUCUAUUGGCGUCGAAUCUUCCGAGGAAACUCUCCGAUGGCUGUGGGACAAGGGGUUUGCUGCGAUUGCGGGUGACCAUCCGGCCAUGGAGGCGUGGCCCUGCCAGAAUCUCGACUUUCAACUGCACCAAUGGGUGCUGGCGGGCUGGGGCAUGCCGAUUGGGGAGUUAUUUGACUUGGAGAGACUGAGUGAGGAGUGUAGCAAGAGGAAUAGAUGGACUUUCUUUUUCAGCAGCAUGCCUCUCAAGGUUCCCGGCGGUGUGGCCAGUCCACCAAAUGGCGUGGCUAUACUUUGA